AUGGCCGAUGAGGGUGCAUCGUCCCGAGCGGAGCUGAUCGAGCCUGCCCCGGCGCCGGCGCUGCCGGCGGAGCCCGUGACGGGGAGGAAGCUGCGGGGCCGUCCUCCAGGGUCCAAGAACAAGCCCAAGCCGCCGGUGGUGGUGACGCUGGAGAGCGAGGGCGCGAUGCGCCCCGUGGUGCUGGAGCUCGCGCCGGGCUGCGACGUGGUCUCCGCGGUGGCCGCGUUCGCGCGCCGCCGCCGCGUGGGCGUGUCCGUGCUCUGCGGCCGCGGCGCGGUGGCCGCCGUCAGGCUGCGCCUGGCUACCUCGCCCUCGACCGCGUCCACGGUGACGCUGCACGGGCGGUUCGAGGUGCUGUCCCUGUCCGGGACCGUGCUGCCGUCGACGGAGGGGGCGGUGGCCGCGCCGUCGCCGCCGCCGCAGCCGUUCUCGGUGUCGCUGGCGGGUGCCGGCGGGCAGGUGAUCGGCGGGACGCUGGCCGGGGAGAUGAUGGCGGCGGACGGGGUGGUGCUGGUGGCCGCCACGUUCGGCAGCGCCGAGGUGCACCGGCUGCCCGCGGCUGCUGGCGCGGAGGACGAGGACGGCGACGGGCGCGGCGUGGGCCGUGAGGAGGGGAGGCAUCUCCAUCAUUCUUCCCAGCAGCAGCAGGUGCAGGCCGCGGCGGCUGCGCGCGCCGGCGACGUUGUGGGGCUGGGUGCCUACGGUGGCGGGGCCGUGGGGCUCGGCGGUGGUGCUGGGAGCGGCGGCGGCCAUGUGGGGCAACACGCGCCGCUGCUGCCUGAGAUGGCUUUGUGGGCCCAGACGACGUCCACUCGCGGACCGCCGGCCCACCCUUUGCCCCAGUUCUAGGCAGGCAGGCAUGCAUGGCAUCGUUGCCGUCUUUCCGUUCUUCUGCCUAGCUAGUAUGUGGUGUACUGUAAUUGGUCGGGAUUGUUAAUUCGUGCGUUGUUAGUGAGUCGAUUGACUCGGAGAGGUCAUCAGCACUUUAGGAUUUUGGU